UCUUGGUUUUCUCUGUGUUGCUUCUGGCCUGCUCUAUCUCAGCAGCUCAGACAGCUGAAGAUGAGGUCAUUCUUAAAAAAAAGAUUGCGCUCCUACAGCCAUUUACAAGUGACAUGGAAGCUGUGCUGACAAGGAUAGUCGCCUCUUUGGCUGUACAGAAAGAGCAGAUCACACUUCUUCAAAAGGAGAAUCGAGAACAAGAAGCAAAACUAAAAGAAGUGGAGACACAGAAGACUGAGAUUGAGCAGCUGAAGCAGCGGCUACAAGCCAAACAGGUGGCGUUCUCAGCCUCUCUGGUGGAGCAUGGUGGUGGAACUUAUACUGGACCAUUUAACACAGAGACUACUCUGAUCUUCAAACGUGUUGUCACAAACAUUGGAAAUGCCUACAACCCCUACACAGGUAUUUUCACUGCACCAGUCAGAGGAGUCUACAACUUUGAGUUGACCCUGCAUGGACACGGAGACAAUGCAUAUCCUACAGCUGCUAGGUUGUUCAUGAAUAAAGAGCUCAUUUUUACGGCAUGGGAACAUCAGACAACACUUUCUCCAAGUGCCUCUAAUGGUGGCUCACUGCUUCUAGAUGCUCAAGAUCAGGUGUAUGUGCGCCUCUGGGCUGGUGGAAGGAUAUUUGAUGAUUACAAUUAUCAUACCAGCUUCAGAGGUCAUCUGCUUUUCUCCAUGUGA